AUGCCCACUGGGUAUCAUAACAUAUCCUCGCGAUCUAUCUUUGCGAAAUACGAACAGACCCACAAUCUAUCCAAAGCCACUCGUUCAAAAACUAUGGGGACAACAACCCUCUUUACUUUCUUUAUCCUGGCUAGUUGCCUAUUGGGUUUGAUAGAAUGCCUUCCAGCGCCGAUGAUUGGUCCUGAAGUUGAAGCAUCAGGGAUGAAAGUUCUUGGCGAAGCAACCAAGCCAGAGAUAAAAGUGAUUGGCGAAGGAACGAAACCAAAUAUCAAAGUGAUGGACGUAGGUAAAAAGCCAGUGAUGCCACAACCUCCAAAGCCAUCUGAGAAGGAACUUUUAUCGCUCGAGGCUGAGGAAAAGGAUGUGUUACUUCCAAAGGUACCGUUCAAAAAUGACCUACGAGAUGCAAGCGACCCGAUGAAAGAAGGGCUUACAAAAGGGAAGCUUCCAAAGACUGAUGCAACACCACCAGUAGACUAUUUUGAAGUAUAUAGACCUCCGCUAAUAGAGCCACCAAAACAUGGAAGAUACCCAAUCGAAUACAAGGAUGAUAUGAUGAAAGCUACAGACUUUAAUCCGACAAAAGCACAAGGACAAUUUGUUUUCAACUAUCUUAUCAAGAAUCAAAUAGAAAACCAAAUCAAAGAAGUAGAUCAGAAAGAUAAACUUGUGUUACAAAGUUUGUUAUCGAAAACUUCAGAACUACAUGGGUUUGGAGAAAGAGAUAAUGAACUUACACUUUUUCAAAGUAUGAUGUCUAAAUCGAAAUCUUAUUUCAAAAGCUUUUCCCCUAACCCUACAAGUCUUAGUCUUAUGAAAGAUACAAUUCAAGAAUUUCAAAGAGUUGAUUAUAAAAUCUCUUUACGUGAAGAUCUUUGGAUGUUAAUAACCUUUCAUGCAUUUCAUUCAUCUGAAGCAGAAGAUCAUUUGAUUGGUUUAUAUCAAACUAAAGAAUUUAGAAAAGUUAUGAUUGAAUUUAUUUCUAAAUUGACUAAAUUUGAUACCAAAGAAAAUGGUCUGGCUUGGCCUAUACAUGAAGAAAUUUUGAAAAUUGAAAAUAAAGCGAUUUAUCAACUUAGAAAUACUCCUUCUUAUCAUAAUUUUAUGAGAUUUCAUAGUUACCUUUUGAAACGUUCACAUAAUGAACUUAUGGAGCUUCUCGAUAGAGAUGUCCUCAUAUCUCAACUCAAGAACCAUAACAUACACACUGAUGCGAGGCGAAUUCUCGAAGAUUUCCACCCCAAUUGGCAAGAAUCAGAAUCCAAUGAAGAAGAAGCGGCAAAGUUAGCGAUGAACCUCAAAGAAAAAGUAGAUAAGUUAGACCCGAAAGAGAACGAAGUGGAAUUACAAGGAGCUAUGAAUAUUUUAUUACAUCUUAGAGCGUUUGGAAGUGAUGAGCUUAAAACAAUGAUUGAAAACGCAUUCAAACCUACAAUAAAGACGUAA